AUGUGGGCCACAGGACCCGCGAGCAGAGCCCCUGCUGUACGCGCUCCAGCAGCACCCCUCAAGCCGCGUAGUAGCGCUGUCAGCAUCACCGCUCCUCCAUCAAUGGCCGCUCCAACGGCAACGGCACCCGCUACUCUGCCUCGCGCAGCCGCUGUCAAUUUGGCAGUGACCAACACCCCCAGCACCGCCCCUGUGCGCGCGCCAAGUCCCAUGGCGAACAACCCGAACUUGCCGCAGCUCUACAACCCGCACUCUGCUGCACUGGCCGAUGCUAAAGCUGCGGCUGCCAUGUUCAGAACCAGCGGAGGUGCAAAGGGGGAGUUCGCGGCUCGCAAAGCCCAGCCUCGCGGUCGUGCAGAGUUCGAACAAGAACGCCCGUCAGUGCCACGCUCCAGCGCCGUGCCGUCUACCUCUUUCUCCUUCUCGCGUCCUCCACCAGCAGCACCGGUUCGCAUCACACCAGCUCCAUCUGCUCCGCGCAAAGACGAUGACUUCGUCCAGCAAGCACUAGCCAAGAUGUUGGCUCAAGAUAAGAACCAGCACGCUGCGCCAGAGCCGACCGCCGACACUGACCAGUCUUCGUUGACAAGCAAGAAACACGGUCGCCAGGAAGAGAGCCGUGCUGCUGUUGCGGGCCGUGCUGCAGACAUGGCCGUGCAGGAGAAGACCAAGGAGAGCUUGGCGAAGGAUGAGACCAGCCCCAACCUUCCACCACACAAGCGUGUCAAGGGCGCAGAUGCUGUAGCCGGCUUAUCAACGGCCGCUGAAGCGCGUGUCCCCUCUCCAUCGAAUUUGGUCUCUCCAGUCGCUCCUCCAAAGAAUUGGGGUCAAACGAUGGAGUCUUUCAAGAAGAAUCUUCUCGACAAGGCUACCGCGGCCGAUGGCACUGCUUCAUCAAGCGGUCCCCCACUUUCAGCUCAGUACGACACGGCUAGAGCUACUGUCAAUGCCACCAUCGCUCCUGCUGAUCCGAGCAAUUCAGAACACAACACCGCUGCUGUCAAGGUUGAGCGCGCCUUUGCUGCUCAAAUGGAAGAGGCAGCCAAGCGCCAAGAGGAGGAUACGGGCAAAGCUGUCCUCCAGCAGAGCGAGACGGUCGUAUCUCAGCCCAAGGUCACCGGAAUGAGCGAGGCCGAGUAUGGAAGCAAGGCAGCCAAGCUGCUCAUUGAAAAGGAGCGCAUCAAGAAGGAGCGCGAGAAGCUGGAUCAGGCUGAGGAGGACAUCAACUCUCGCCUCGAGGCCCUGACGAAGACGUUUCUGGGGGCUUAG